UCCAAAAAACCCUUGAAACCGGAAGCCUCAUAUCAAACAAACCAAUCCCAAACCAACAAAAGAUGUCCCUCCAACGCCACCACCACCACUCUUCCUCGUUCCCGUCAUGCUUCCGCCCUUCCACCACCGCAGACAACAACCACAUACCGCCGCCUCCGCCUCCGCCUCCGCCGCCGCAAACCUCAGGUAAAACGAACCUCGCUACAACUCUCUACCACACAAAUCUUGGGCUUUUUUCGCUCACCUGGUCCCGCACCUUCCUUGGCCACUCUCUCAACCUCCACCUCCACCCGUUCUCUCACUACGCUUCCUCUUCUCCUCUCUCUCUCCCUAACUCCCUUUCUUUCUCCACCCUCCAUUUUCAUCUCCAUAUCAAGCCGUUUUUCUUUUGGAAGAAGCAGGGAUAUAAAAAACUCAGCAGCGCCACAGUCCGUAACGUCCAAGUCUUCUGGGACCUUUCCCGGGCCAAGUUUGGAUCCGGGCCUGAACCUGACUCUGGAUUCUAUAUUGCUGUUGUUGUUGAUGGGGAAAUGACGCUUCUUGUCGGUGAUUCUACCAAAGCGGCUUACGCCAGAACGAGAGUUCAGAAGCCUGGGAGAGGCCAAGCUCUUGUUUUGAGAAGAGAACACGUGUUUGGCAGCAAAGUGUACAACACAAAAGCCAGAUUCGGAGGCAAAAGCAGGGAAAUUUCCAUUGAUUGCAGGGUAAAUGAGGAUGCGAGGCUGUGCUUUAGCGUUGAUAACAAAAGGGUUUUGCAAAUAAAGCGACUUAAAUGGAAAUUUAGAGGAAAUGAGAGGAUUGAAGUAGAUGGGGUCUCGAUACAAGUCUCGUGGGACGUGUACAACUGGUUGUUUGAUCAGGAUUUGAACAAUGGGCAUGCAGUUUUCGUGUUCAAGUUUGAGAAUGAAGGCUCUGAAAUUCUUGAAGAAGAGCAUCAGCAGGCCGAUGCAGAAGGAGUGAGUCCUUUCAACGAGAAGAACGGGGUCGUUCUGUGGCAACAAAAUUCAUGUAGUUUUGCCAUGAAUGGAAUAGAGUGGAAAAAGAUGAGGAAAAGCUUGUUGAGGACUGCUAGAAGCUCAUCCUCUUCCUCAAUAUCGAUGUCUUCAGCUUCUUCAGGGGGCAGCUCUUCCGUGAUGGAGUGGGCAAGCGUGGAGGAGAGUGAGUUAAGUGCUCCUACUGGCUUCUCUUUGCUUGUCUAUGCCUGGAAAAAGUGAAGAUUUUCCCUGUCAUGCUCUCCCUUACAAUCCUCCCAUAUUUUGUUGAUAAUGUCGCUAUUCUAAAUAUUCUCACUAACCCAUUUGUUCUUGAACAUAGUACAAUAAGAAAGUUACAAUAGGAGAAAGAAAUUAUAGAGAGAGAGAUAGAUGUAUACAUAGAUAGAUAUAACCAUUUCCCCUUUGCUCUCAGAAGAUCCAAAUUUUCCCAGUUUCUAUCUCUUUAUUUUCUUGAGUAUUUUAUAGUUUAUAUGGAAAUCAUUGUAAUCGUUUGUUUCAAACUUUGUAGUAGUAAAUUCGAUAUAUACUCCUGUUCGAGCUCUUGGUUGCAAUCAAAAUGCCAUAGAGAUUUAAUGAGCAGAAGCAAUUCUUCCUUAA